AUGUCUGAAGUGGCGGCAACUUGGAUAGAGACCCUCUUAACCAGAAUAAUCAACUAUGAUUACAAACAUUUCAUAAGAUUGGUGAUGAUCGUAGGUGGUUAUAUGUUGGUGAGAAAUAUAGCAUCCAGAGAAUUGGCUAAGAAGCAAUUGGCCGCUCAAGUGGAACAUGACAAACGGGAGAAAGAGGAAAAAAGGUCUGAGGAGCUGAUUGAUAAACUAGACGGACCUUCCGUAGCAGAAACGACUUCUUUCGGUUGGGGUAAGAAGACCAGACAAAGGGUGAAGAAACAACAGGAGCUGUUUGAAAAGGCUCUGGAAGAGGCCAAACAAAAGCAACAAGGAAGAGAUCCAGAUAGUGACGCAGAUAUCGAGGAACUGCUGGAAGAAUAA